AUGGCAAACGCUUCUUCAACAAAUGUGUUUGCGUUAUCCUAUUUUUAUGUAUCAACCACCUCUAUUCGUAUUCUCCAGCCAGACUCUCAUCCUGCUUCUCCCCACCAGGUGCUCCCAGUUCUCUACGUGCUGAUCGGCGGCGUGGGAUUGGCUCUUAACAGCUUGGCUGCCUGGAUAUUCUUCCGGGUGCCCAGCGACUCAGGCAUGGUGGUCUACUUAAAAAACAUGGUAGUGGCCGACCUGCUGAUGCUGCUCACCUUCCCCUGGCGGGUGGCCAGCGAGCUCGGCCUGGGCGGCUGGCAGAUCCGCGUGGCCGUGUGCCGCUACAGCGCUGUGCUCUUCUACUCCUCCAUGUAUGUGGGCAUAAUCUUAAUGGGCCUCAUCAGCCUGGAGCGCUACGUCAAGGUCGUAAGACACUCGUCUUCCUGCACACACCCCCUGCAGCGAGUGGGGUUCACCCGGGUCCUGGCCCUGCUGACGUGGAGCCUGCUGCUGCUUUCCGUACUCCCCAAUGUCAUGCUGACUAGCAAGCCUGCGGAUGAGGAGAGCUCCAGGCACUGUGUGCAGCUAAAGACCCCCCUGGGUCAGCAGUGGCACAAGGUGUCCUCGUAUUUCGGUGUGGCCCUGUUCUGGGCCACCGUACUGGUUCUAGCCUUCUGCUACUCUUCCAUUGCCCACCACUUCUACAAGUCGUACCGCCGUGUUCGCCAGGACGACAGCGGGGUGUACAGCAAGUCCAACUGCAGUAUCUUCAGCCUCCUGGCCGUGUUCUUCAUCUGUUUCGUGCCCUACCACAUCUGCCGCGUGACCUACACCCAAAGCCAGUUACCCGGCUCCGGCUUCAGCUGGCACAGCCGUUAUAUGCUGUUCCAGGCGAAGGAGGUCACCCUCUUCCUGUCAGCACUCAACGUGUGCCUGGACCCCGUCAUCUACUUCUUGAUGUGCACUAAGUUCCGCGAGUCACUACUGAAGAAACUGCCCAGAGGCAGGGGAGGGCCAAAGAGAUGUUCCCUUACCACAGAACAGACUGUUAGUAAUAUGUGAUGAGAAGAGGAAAGGAGAGAGAACAGGUGAGUUGAAAGAAGAAGCAUAUGUGGAAAAAUAGUAAACCAUCAAAAGGCAAGAAUUCUAACACUUGAUACAGUAUGUGUUAAUAUAUUGCAGAAAGUUCGACUGACCCUUUUGUAAUGAACUCCGCUGAAGGCAUGUCUGCACUGCGUUAGAAAUUAUAACAACAGACAUUUGUCUCUAGAAAACACCUUUACAGUAUUAAAAAUGCUUACAUUCCAUUGCUACUGAUGCCAUAGGAUAAGACAUGGGUUAAGACAUUUUUUGUUGUCGCUUUAAAUCAUGUCAAUGUUGUUUUGAG